AUGCCGGUGCCAACGAGGCGACAAGCACCGCAGUACCAGUUCCCCCCCGCUGAAGACCCAGAUGAUACAGAAAGCGACCUCGACAUUACUCCGGCGAGUAGGCGCGCCAUCAAUAAUGAUCACGAUGAUGAUGAUGGUGAGACCCUCGGCGAACAGCAAGUAGGAUUUGAGGAAGAAGACGAUCUCCAGGACGACGACGACGACGCGCUUGCCUCACCAAAUCAGCCUGGCCUUGAACUACCUAAUCUUGACCCUCCCCCACCUUACCUUCGCGAGAUCAGCACUUCUGCAGCCUGGACCGCCUCCUCAAGCAAACCUGGCUGUUCAGUACCACAGUUACGCCACCCGUCCACUGCCCUCUUCUGGCAAUCAGAUGGUCCCCAGCCUCAUUACCUCAAUAUCCAUUUUUUCAAGCUCGUCCGCAUAGCAGGUCUCCGACUCUAUCUCGACUUUGAACAAGAUGAGAGUUACACGCCCACCCGCAUCGUCUUCCUCGCAGGCAGUGGAAUGAACGACCUCCAAGAAUGGGGCGAGAUGAGGCUCGAAAGCCCCCGAGGUUGGGUCUGGGCUGACUUCUCCGGCGUCGGUGACGCAGACUCUUCAGACGAUGAAGGUGAAGACGAAGACGAAGACGAGAAUAGAGAAGCCCAACUCGCAAUCCAAGAUGACUCCUCUGGGGCCACCAGCGGCAAUGGACCCCGAAACCUCAACAUAUCCUCCGAUGCUGAAAAUGCCGUCCCGCGCCCACAAACCCGGCGCACAGCCUCCGACGAUGAUGUAAUGCAAUUGACUCCUCAACUCACCACACCAACCGCGACCCAUUUCAUCGCCCACCAUACACCGCAAGGCCAUCGUCAUCCCCAUGACGCAACGUCCCUCCUAGACCCUUCCUCUACCACCACCACCACCAAUGCCACCCUCACAACACCCCCCACAGGCCCUGUCCGCACCCCCUUCACAGUCCUCUCCGCCAAUGCCCCACAUCCUCACCACCGCCGUCGCAAAACCCCCAAGAUGCCCAUUCUUCGCGCCCACCUUGUUCAAAUCAAGAUUCUUGAGAACCACCAGAAUGGAAAAGAUACGCAUCUUCGCGGGCUGCAGAUCUUCGCGCGUAAUGAUGAAGGCGAGGACGGGAACAGGGAGCCCAUGAAGAGGGGUGCGGGUAUGGGUGGGUCGGGGACCAAGAAGACGGCGCGGGCUGGUGCUGGCGCAGGACAAGAGAUGAGUGUUGCGAGGCGGGAGAAGAGGCCGGAACGAUUCGACUUGGGUGCUGGGAGUAGAAGCGCGUGGGAUGUCGAGCCUAUCCUUCGUUGA